AUGGACUCGUUUUCUCUGAAAAGCAAAACCGCUGUGCUCACAGGAGCAGCACGAGGGCUAGGCCUUGCCUUCGCCCAAGUUCUCGCGGAGGCGGGAGCAAACAUCGCGGUGCUCGACGUCAUCCAGCCGGACGCGGCGCUCCAGCAGCUCGAAGAGAAGCACCAUGUCCGAGUCAGAUACCACAAGACCGACGUCACAUCGCGUGAUGAAGUGAUGGAUGCCAUUGCGAAGAUUGAGGAGGAACUCGGAGAAAUCCACAUCAACGUCAACGCCGCCGGCGUCGUAACGGAUGAACCGUUUCUCACAACGUCCGAUCGAAACCUCGAGCGGACCUUUGCUGUCAAUUUCACCGGCUCCUUCCUCGUGGCCCAAGCCUGCGCAAACUCCAUGGUGCGUCGCUGGGAGCGGAACGGCAAGCGCUCGCAACCAGACGAGGGCACAUCUAACGGCUGCAUCGUUUUCAUCACCAGCAUCGCAACGCACAUCGCAAGCUGCGCACAGCAGAUCUCCUGCUACACGGCGUCCAAAGCUGCCGUGCGCGGGCUGGUCAAGCCGCUGGCGAUGGAGCUAUCAAAGUACGGCAUCCGCGUCAAUAGCCUGUCGCCCGGCUAUAUGAUGACGGAUAUGAUGCGGGGAUUGCAGACCCAGCAGCCACAGCUCGUCGCGCAGUUUGAGAAGGAGACCCUGUUUGGCAGGAUUGGGUUUCCGCAUGAGCUGCAGGGUGCUCUGCUGUUCUUGUGCAGUCAAGCGAGUGGCUGGUAUACGGGUCAGGAUCUUCUUGUGGACGGCGGUGCAAGUUUGUGGAAACAUCCGGCGCCUUUGUAA